AUGGCCGGCUCGAGCUCCUCCAACACCUCCACCCCGCGCACCCAGUCCCGCGCCGCGUGGACCCCCGACGAGGAGAAGAUCUGGCGCGAGGCCGCUGAGCGCGUGCUCAAGCGCCACCUGCUUGACGAGGUGCGCCAGACUGGCAAGCUCGGUCAUCGCAAGGGCAGCCUCAACGCCCACCUCAAGGCGUUCCCCACCAAGCCCGCCAAGGCCCCCCGCGCGUGGACCCCCGACGAAGAGGCCCACUUCAAGGCCAAGGCCCUCAUGAUUCUCAAGCGCGACCUCUGGGCCGAGAUCAAGGACCACCCGGGUAUCAAGGUGCGCCAGUCGAGCGGGGUCAAGGCGCAUAUCGACGCCAUGUUCAAGAAGCUUUGA